GCGCGGGUCUCAAUCGACUAGAAGAUUAUCAAUUAACUGGCAAAAUUACCGCUAUUCUUUUACAUCUGCAUAUGUUCUUGAACUUCGAAGUCUCAGCAUUCAGCAUCUCCUAGUCUCCUUUAAACUUCAUGAAUGGCUCUCUCACUCCCAAACUCCUCAAACAUCAACGUCUACGCUUUCUCAAGAAAUUAUUGGCAUACUCCACAACUGCCUACUUCUCACACAAUUCUCUCGCAGAGCCACUCACUUCCCUUCAAUGUGGAACCGUUUUACAAACACUAACCAGCAUCAAAUCUUUCACAAAAGGACAGCAACUCCAUGCCUAUAUCAUUACCUCUGGCAAUCUCCAAAACAACACUUAUCUCAGCACAAAGCUUGCUGCUUUUUAUGCAAGUUGUGGCCUUAUGGCUGCUGCCCAGAUAAUCUUUGACGGGAUUGUUUUGAAAAAUUCUUUCUUGUGGAAUUUUAUGAUUAGAGGUUAUGCUUGCAAUGGGUUUCCAGUGAAAGCCCUUUUUCUGUAUCAAGAUAUGUCAAGUUUUGGACAGAAAGCUGAUAAGUUUACGUACCCUUUUGUGAUUAAGGCGUGCGGUGAUUUGCGGGAUGUAGAAUUUGGUUGGAGAGUUCAUUGUGAGGUAGUGAUUACUGGGUUUAAUUUGGAUAUAUAUGUGGGCAAUUCUCUUCUUGCAAUGUACUCCAAGUUUGGGAACAUGAAAAUGGCAAGGAUGGUAUUUGAUAGAAUGCCUGUGAGAGAUUUGACUUCUUGGAAUACCAUGAUAUCAGGUUAUCUCAAGAAUGGAAAACCGAGAGAGGUUUUGGCGAUUUUUAAUUUAAUGAAGCAAAUUGGACUGUCUGUGGAUGACAUGACUUUAAUCGGCCUUCUUUGUACUUGUGCUGAACUAUUUGCAGAGAAGCAAGGGAAAGAAAUACAUGGUUAUGUUGUUCGAAAUAGGCAUUCAGUCUUUAAUCAUUUUUUGAUUAACUCUCUUAUUGAAAUGUAUUGUAAAUGCAAUUCUAUGGUAGAUGCGAGAAAAUUGUUUGAGCAUAUGGCAUGGAAAGAUACUGUGUCUUGGAACUCAAUGAUAUCUGGCUAUGCACGAAAUAGAGAUGCUUUUGAAAGCUUAAGGGUAUUUUGUCGAAUGGUUUUGGAAGGAACCAAGCCUGACAAAAUAACCUUUAUAACUGUACUUGGAGCUUGUGAACAAAUCACGGCUAUGGAAUUUGGUAGGUCUGUACACUCUUACCUUUCUAAGAAAGGUUUUAGUGCAACCAUUUUUGUGGCAACAGCCCUUAUAGACAUGUAUGCUAAAUGUGGAAAUUUGGCUUGUGCUCACCUUGUUUUUGAAGAGAUGCCUGAAAAGAAUUUGUUUUGUUGGAGUGCCAUGAUUUCUGGAUAUGGCAUUCAUGGAAUGGGGAGAGAAGCUAUCUCUCUUUUUCAUGAAAUGAUCAAGAACCAUAUCAUUCCAGAUGAGGGUGUUAUCACUUCAGUUUUGUCUGCAUGUAGCCAUGCAGGAAUGGUUGCUGAAGGUAAAGAGAUUUUCCACAGAAUGACAACGGAUUACAAUGUGAAGCCUGCACUUUCUCACUUUUCAUGUUUGGUGGAUCUUCUUGGCCGAGCAGGGUACUUGGAUAAAGCAUAUAAUCUUAUAAAGAACAUGGCAGUUAAUCCCUCCAGUGAUAUAUGGGCCACACUCCUUAAUGCUUGCCGACUACAUCAAAAUGUUGAAUUAGCAGAGAUCUGCGCAGAAAAACUUUUUGAUAUGAACUCAAGACAGGUAGGUGGCUACAUUUGCCUUUCCAAUAUUUAUGCUGCUGAAAAAAGAUGGGAUGAUGUGGAAAGGGUUAGAGCAUUGAUUAGAAGAAAGGGGUUGAUAAAACCACCAGGCUGCAGCUUUGUUGAGUUAGAUAAGAUGGUUCAUCAUUUCUUAGUUGGGGAUAAAUCACACCCACAGAUAGAAAAUAUCUAUGCCAAGUUAAAGCACUUGAAUCAGCUACUCAAGGAGGCUGGAUACAAGCCUGAUACAAGUUCAGUGCUCUACAGUGUUGAUGAAGAAUUAAAAGAGAAGAUGCUGUGGGAUCACAGUGAAAGAUUGGCUAUCGCCUUCAUUCUUAUUAAUACAGGUCCAGGGGCCACAAUAAGAAUCAUCAAGAACCUUCGCGUUUGUGGUGAUUGCCACACUGUAAUAAAACUGAUCUCUAAGCUCACUCGCCGGGAAAUUAUUAUGCGGGAUAUCCGUAGGUUCCACCACUUUAGAGAUGGAUUUUGUUCCUGCGGUGAUUACUGGUGAUUGAUUAUUAAUUGAAAGGCACUUCUAACAUUUAGCCAAGUAUGGAUAAUACAGAUUCUUUUAUUCAAACAUCAGAUAGCUUAAAAGUUCGUAACACAGCCCUAGGAGGGCAUGUUGCAGAGAUUAACAUUGUAUUUCUACAACAGCCACAAAUUUCACCUAAAGAAUAUGGAUUUGAUCUUUUUCAGCAACCUAGAAAGUAGACCAACACUAGCACCAUCAACUGGCAAAUCUGUCUCUGUAUUCCAUGGGAAGGGUGCCACUCCCUCGGUUGCCUCUAGAAGCUCAUCAACUAAAAUCUUUGCUUUUGACCGCUGCAAUGGAGCUAGCUCAUGGUCGUACUUCUUGGCAUCUGCAACGUAAUCCUGAAUCAAAUAUACAUGUUAGGAGAGGUUGGCAAAAAUGUGGUCAUUCAACUUACUUCGAUCGAAGUUCGUCCGUGAAACAGAGGCUGGUGAUCUACCCCAAUACUGAGUUCAAUUUGUUGAAUGAGUUCAAACAAGCUCCUGUAAGCACUCCAGUCAUACUGCUUAGGGCCCUUAGACUCUAUGAUCCCCCACCACACAUCCACCAUUACACCAUCGACACCGGUUGCUUUGAGCUCCUUGAGCUGCUUCUUCAGCUCAUCUUUACCUUCGAAAACAUUAUCAGCUGUAACAACUCCCAACUGUUACAUUGCAGAAAAGGUUACAGAAGACUGGUAUAAGAACAAUGGAAAUUGCUUUGAAGGUGUGAUGAAAAUUGCUGUGGAAUCCUGCUCUUUUUAUAGCUAGAACAAAGGUGAAAAUUUGGUCUUUGCAUGAAAUGGAGUGCAUUAUGUCUACUGUACGUCGGACCCACUUGUUUAGAUAACACUUUGCCUGAGAUAAGAACCCAUGGCGUUAUCUUUGCAUGCAUAGUUUCUACUGGACCACAGAUGAAGGCCACGUUGCCCCAUUCCUUGCUGUGCAGAAAUUGAAGGGAUUUGACAAAUAUUGGGGUCAUUCAGGACCAUCUCAGGUUCCUUGGGCCUGGACUUUGCAGCUAUCAUAUAUUUAGAAGACGACAAAAGUAUUUAUUGGAGGGUCACUACAUAGAUAUAUGCACAUGCACAUUCCAUAUGAUUACUCGUGUACCCUGUGAAUAUCUUUUAUUUCUUUCAACUCUUAUUAUUAUAUCACACAAUUUUAAAAAUCAACUCAAUAUAUUAUAUCUCACCAAACUCGAUACA